AUGUGGAGCUUCACGACGCUGGAGCUUUUUCUAACAGCUUUACUGCUGAGUGGUUUGCGUCCCUCCCUGGAGAAGAAUGCUGAAGUGCCGAAGUCAGUCACCGCCGUGAAGGGAAGCUGCGUUCUGGUGCCGUGCAAAUCUCCCCCCUAUAAAGUACUGCACUGGUACAAAUAUCAAAGCCGAGGCUACCCAACAGUUUACGCAAAAAAUACAGACGAGAUAAUUGAUCAGUUUAGAGGAAGGACAUCAGUCCCGGGAAAUGCUAAUGAGGGAGACUGCACUCUUAGGAUUGACAACAUCCGCCAACAAGACAACGUGGAGGUGUACGUUUACUUCACACGUUAUGAAGAUAUAAAAACAAGAAUAAAUGUCUUGGAACCCGAGACCCGCAUUGCCGUGCAAAGCUCAGUGGAAGAGGGAAAGAUUUUCAACGCAUUUUGCACCAUCCGCCAUUCCUGUCCCUCAUCUCCUCCUCAGAUCGAAUGGUUGGGCUUGGAAACCAUUAGCAAUAAAGUCUCCAACACAAAGAGCGAGGACAGCUUGUGGAUCGCCGAAGCCUCUGCCACGUUUCGACCUUCCAGUGAGGAUCACGGCCGAAGAAUAAGCUGCAGGAGCAACCUGACCGAGACUGUUGUACCGGCCGUUAAUCCAGUCACACUUAAUGUCUUAUAUGCCCCCAAAAACAUCAAAAUAAAUCACACGAGAGAAAACGUCAUCGCUGAGGGUGAAAACAUCACACUUGAAUGCAACAGCAACAGCAACCCACUACCAGCUAACUACGAGUGGCGCAUUAGCCCAACUAACACCAUCAUCCAGAGCAAAGAAAAGACAAUCACUCUUUGGUACGUCAGGCGAGACACGUCUGUCUUCUGCAUCGCUUCUAACACCGCUGGACGGGGUGAAUCGGAGCCGCUGUUAUUCAAUGUGACAUACUCUCCCACCAUCCUGCCGGACUCGUUUUGCUCGUAUCAGGAGGAAAAUCUACGAUGUGUCUGUCAGGUAGAGGCGAAUCCACCUGCUGACAUCUCAUGGACAGUGAAUGGAAGUCUUGAGGUGUUUCCACACUUUAACAUCACCACCAGACAGGACAGACGCAGGACCGUGUCGGAGCUCACAGCCCACAGCUCACAGGCGAAUAUCACCUGCAGUGCAAGGAACUCCCUGGGUGAAAGCUUUUAUCAGAUGCCUGUUCGCUCCGGAUUGUCGGGAGUGAUGCGGGGUGUGGGAGGAGCCGCGGCAGCUCUGGGCAUCGUAGGAAUCGUGGUGACAGCUACAGUCUGUUUCAGAAAAAGAAGACGACAAGUAAAGUCAGCAGAAGAAAACGUCACUUUCCGUAACGACAAGACGACCAAAUUACACCACGAGUACAGAUAUGAUUCAGAUGAGGAGAUCUACGUUAAUAAUGGGCAUCAAGCAAAGGUUCAGACUCAGAAGGAUCCUGACGUCUACGAGAAUUUCUCUUAUUAGUGAUAAACCAUGAUGAUGACGUCGCCCCGGUCAUCUUUAACCCAGAACGUACCGCAUUCAGGACAGUAAUUGUGGCGGUCAGUUACUGGACAGACGUUAACAGUAUAAUAAAUGAUACAGUUGCUGUAUUAUUAUUGGUAAAUUAUUGACCAAUUCAUAUGAAGGAAUUAAUGAAUGUUCUGUGUUGAAUUUUGUGACGCAGCCUCCUGAUUUUAAUCAUUAUAAUUCUUGUAAUUUUGUAUAUAUGUAAAUAACUGGUGGCUUCUCUGUGCCCAUAUAAACACGGCUGGUUUGCCACGUCGUCUGAGGGAUCGAUUUCUCUCUGGUUCUCCGCUUAAAAACAAUCAAGUGCACUUUCAUUAAAGCUCUUUUCAUAUUCAAAAUUAUAACAGAAUGAACUUUUUAUUAAAUAUUAAUAUGUAUAAUGUUCCGAAACAUGUUCCACAUUCCACAAACUUCCAUCCACUCUUUCGUUGCUCCCGUCCCAACAUAAUGUAAUCACUAGUGUUUGUUUAUAAAAAUCAGUAAAGUUGAUAAGGUAAAACAUUAAAUAUCUCUUUAUUUGUGCUGCUU